CACACACACACACACACACCCAUCCCCCCUCCCGUCUCUCGGUAAUCCGCCGCUCUCGGUCUCUCUCGGUGCGGUCAUCAUGGCGGAAAUCAAAACGGGAAUCUUCGCUAAGAACGUGCAGAAGCGUCUGAACCGAGCGCAGGAGAAGGUUCUGCAGAAGUUGGGAAAAGCAGAUGAGACCAAAGAUGAGCAGUUUGAACAAGUGGUCAUCAACUUCAGGAGGCAGGAGUCUGAAGGCUCUCGGCUGCAGAGGGAGAUGAAGGCCUACAUGUCUGCCAUUAAAGGGAUGCAGCAGGCAUCCAUCAACCUGAGUCAAUCUCUGCACGAAGUUUAUGAACCUGACUGGCAUGGAAAGGACGAUGUCCUGACCAUCGGGAAGGACUGUGAUGCAUUGUGGGAAGACUUCCAUAACAAGCUGGUGGACUCGACUCUGCUGAACCUGGAUGCGUACCUGCAGCAGUUUCCAGAUCUUAAGACCCGUGUUGCCAAAAGAAGCCGCAAACUCAUCGACUAUGACAGUGCCCGCCACCACAUGGAAACCCUACAGACAUCUGGGAUGAAGAAUGACCGCAAGAUGAUGAAGGCAGAGGAUGAGCUAAAAAAGGCUCAGAAGGUGUUUGAUGAACUGAAUGUUGGACUACAGGAUGAACUGCCAACUUUGUGGGAUCGCCGAGUUGGCUUCUACAUCAGCACCUUUAAGAGUGUGACGAGUCUCGAGGCAAAGUUUCACCGUGAGAUCUCACUGGUAUGCAGAGAGCUGUAUGAAGUGAUGACCAAACUGGGAGAGCAGCACUCUGACAAGAUCUUCACCAUCCAAGGAGCUCCGAGCGAUUCAGGACCUCUACGACUCGCAAGAACCCCAUCACCACCAGAAGACGAGAGUCCACCCGAGAGUCCAGAUACCAGUUCCAAUCAUAUGCUCCGCCCUGUCUCACCCGGACCGCCUCGGCCCAAAUCCCCCGCACAGCUUAAAAAGGGGCCCCCGGUGCCUCCUCCACCGAAGGUCACGCCCACCAAGGAGAUCGCAGAGGAGCAGAUCAUCGACCUGUUUGGAGGAGAAUUUUUACCUGCUCCAUCGCCCUCGCAACCCAACGAACGACCCGGCGAAUCUCUUCUCGAUCUGGACUUUGAUGCUUUUCAGCCAGAUGAAAGUGUUUCACCCAUACCACAGACUGCUGUACCGUGGGACAUGUGGUCGGCGGAUGCUCAAGCUGCUCAGCCUCAGGCUGCAGAUGGUGGCUUUGUCGCUGACUGGUCUGCUGACUUUGGUUCAGUAUCAGCCAAUGGAGAAGCUGCUUCCGGAGCCGAGGACCUUGCCGCUCCCGGGGGUCCUGCUGUAGGGCAAGAAGGGGCACAGGGAGGGACUCAGGGUUGGCCCCAGGGAGAAGACACGCAGCUGGGUGGAGACACAACAACACCCAUCCAGGACAUUGAAGCCACAACAGCUGAAGACGAGGUGACCAAUACAUUUAAUGGAUUUUCACAGGAUUCUGCCGCACCAUCAUUUUUUGCAGAGUUUGACAAGAUGAACGAUGUUAACAGCGAAUCAAAUGAAGCUCUGGAAACCUCAGAGGCUGGCCCACCAGAGCCUGCAGCAGAACAAGACAAACAAGAGCAAGAUGAAAGCCCACGUCCUCUUUCCGAAGUGGAACCUGUAACUUCAACUGUGGGCGCAGAGGUGGAAAAACCUCCACCUCCCUCUGCUGGUGAGGUGGAUGAAUAUGGAUCUGCUCCUGCUGGUGAGGAAGAUGCAGAAAAAAGGGCAGACAGCCCAGAGGAGGAGAAACCUGCUGCAACAGUUGUAUCUCCAGGCUCAGAAAAGGAAGAGCUCAGUGAGACUCCUCCUGCAGAACAGGCAAAAACACCAGCCAGUGAAACAGCUCCAUCAGAAAAUAUGCCAAUCCCCUCUGUUGUGAUCGAACCCGCCUCGAGUAAUGAAGGUGAUGAUGACCGAGAUGUUGACAUCAUCUCUCCCACUGCCAUCAGUGAUAAUGGGGUGACGACUGAAAAUCAGAACAUCAAACAUAUGAGUCCAUCCGGGGGAGCCUCUGGACUUCCUGAUGAUUUUCUUUACAAGGUGGAGACCAUGCAUGACUUUGAGGCUGCAAAUUCAGAUGAGCUUGAGCUGAAAAGAGGAGACGUGGUUUUGGUGGUUCCCACGGCUUCAGUGGAGGAUCAGGAUGCCGGCUGGCUCACGGGGAUCAAGGAAAGCGAUUGGUUAGCAUUCGCAGCCGAUGCUCAAAAAGGACUUUUCCCAGAAAACUUUACUCAGCGUUUGGAGUAAGACGUCCCCCGACGUGGAAAUAAUGAGUAGAACUAUGAGGAGUCUGUGUCCCAGCCAUCGAGUCAGCAUGUAGCCAGUCCUUUUCUUGAAAGUUUGUUGUACCUGCUGCAGCUGUCUCCUGGACAACGGAAAACUUUCUCUGGCAGGUGAAACCACUGAAAUGAAAAGUCAUUGAAAAAACAAAACAAAACAUAGUACUCUUCCCAGUUUUCCUGAUAAUUUAAGCAUGAUGUGAUAGUGUGUUCCACCCUCAUGUGGAAGUAAGAUAUGCCUUUUGUUAAAAGAGAAACAGUUUAUAAAAUAGUAAUUUAUUGGUAAUGUUGCAACAGCAACACCAUUAAAAAGCUGAAACAGUGAUUUCUGAUGAAAGCAAAAGAAGAUAAAGACAAACUAUAUCUUUGCACUAAGUGUGUGGUAAUGAUUUUGUUGUUCUGCUGUGAAAGCUUACAGAAACAGUAGUGUUCCGAUCUGUUUUUGAGUGCAACACAAAACUCUUGCGUUUCUUUUCUUCUGACACGUCGUAACUGUUACUCUUGAAUCACUGUUAAUGUAUUUCUGUGUUAUUAUUGGGUGUGUGGUGAUUGAUCUUUUAUUUGGCAUAUGUGUUGAUGAAAUAACUCACUGGUGAGUGUUGCUUUGUUUUUGCACAGAAGAUACUGGUAUUUAUUGUGUGAGCUCUGGCACACAAAGUAGUGCAACUCCAGCAUGAAAAUCCUAAAUAUUCAAAGUAGAUAUUCUAAGAUGGUGAACAAAGAAUUUCUUGAGUGUUAAAAGUAGAUUUGCAUAUGACAUAUCAUCUGAAAAUGAUGCUUACAAGCCAAUGAGAAGACAGCGUUUCAUCAAACAGAAAAUAUUAACAAACCAGUAUGCAAUUAAAUUUUCAGGCUUACAUACACUUAACAGUAAUGUAGAUAUUCAUCAAAUAUGAUGUCACUUCCUUUGAUAGCCAAGUAAAGCCUCACUGUAGACCUUUAUUUAUGUGAUGUACACAGCCUUGAGUUAAUUCUGGUGUAAUGAAUUCAACGGCAACAUUUAUGUUUGAUAUUGUACAUGGUUCCAUGAAAAUAAAAUAAUGAAAAACGA